CGCCCGGCUGCCGGGCCUUCUGCCCCGCUGGGCCGGGACCGGCGAGCCCGCGUCUGGACCGCGAUGCCCCGGGAGAUCAUCACCUUGCAGCUGGGCCAGUGCGGCAACCAGAUUGGGUUCGAGUUCUGGAAACAACUGUGCGCGGAGCAUGGUAUCAGCCCCGAGGGCAUCGUGGAGGAGUUCGCCACCGAGGGCACUGACCGCAAGGACGUCUUUUUCUACCAGGCGGACGAUGAGCAUUACAUCCCCCGGGCGGUGCUGCUGGACCUGGAGCCCCGGGUGAUCCACUCCAUCCUCAACUCUUCUUAUGCCAAGCUUUACAAUCCCGAGAACAUCUACCUGUCGGAGCAUGGAGGAGGAGCCGGCAACAACUGGGCCAGGGGAUUCUCCCAGGGUGAGAAAAUCCAUGAAGAUAUCUUUGACAUCAUAGACAGAGAAGCAGAUGGAAGUGACAGUCUAGAGGGAUUCGUGCUAUGUCACUCCAUAGCUGGAGGAACGGGUUCUGGUCUGGGUUCUUACCUCCUAGAGCGGCUGAAUGAUAGGUACCCCAAGAAAUUGGUGCAGACGUAUUCAGUGUUUCCCAACCAGGACGAGAUGAGUGAUGUGGUGGUCCAGCCCUACAACUCCCUCCUCACGCUCAAGAGGCUGACCCAGAACGCUGACUGUGUGGUGGUGCUGGACAACACUGCCCUGAACCGGAUCGCCACAGACCGCCUGCACAUCCAGAACCCUUCCUUCUCCCAGAUCAACCAGCUGGUGUCCACUAUCAUGUCGGCCAGCACCACCACCCUCCGCUACCCUGGCUACAUGAACAACGACCUCAUUGGCCUCAUCGCCUCCCUCAUCCCCACCCCACGGCUGCACUUCCUCAUGACCGGCUACACCCCCCUCACCACGGACCAGUCGGUGGCCAGUGUGAGGAAGACCACAGUACUGGACGUCAUGAGGCGGCUGCUGCAGCCCAAGAACGUGAUGGUGUCCACGGGCCGGGACCGCCAGACCAACCACUGCUACAUCGCCAUCCUGAACAUCAUCCAGGGAGAGGUGGACCCCACCCAGGUCCACAAGAGCCUGCAGAGGAUCCGGGAACGAAAGUUGGCCAACUUCAUCCCCUGGGGCCCUGCCAGCAUCCAGGUGGCCCUGUCGAGGAAGUCUCCCUACCUGCCCUCAGCCCACCGGGUCAGUGGGCUCAUGAUGGCCAACCACACCAGCAUCUCCUCGCUCUUUGAAAGUUCCUGCCAGCAGUAUGACAAACUGUGGAAGCGAGGGGCCUUCCUGGAGCAGUUCCGCAAAGAGGACAUCUUCAAGGAGAACUUUGAGGAGAUGCACAGAUCCAGGGAGGUCGUGCAGGAGCUCAUUGAUGAGUACCAUGCAGCCACGAGGCCGGACUAUAUCUCCUGGGGUACGCACGAGCAGUGAUCGCUCUCCCUGCUGCCCAGUGAUAGGAAACACAGGCUGCCAUGCUCAGCCUCCUGACCCGUCUUUACCUCCUCACACCUCUGUGUUCACCUCCAGCCCCAGACUUGGUCCCACUCCCUCCCUUCUAUUUAUGGCUCUUAAUAUGCUUGUUGAGUUCUAAUAAAGUCUUAACGCUUGAUAGUGAA